AUGAGGGCACAGUCUAAUAGAAAUGGGCCCAACAAUGACAAGGCUGACACACGAAAUGCAAUGCCAUCAGCCAACGACAGCAGCUUAAUGAGCCCCAGCACGUUGCCAAUAUUGGAAAGGCAUAACUUUUAUAGCAGCAGCAGCAGCGGUAUCAUCGCUCCCAUUGAUGGCCAACAGCCCAUUGCCAAUGAUGAGCAACUAUUGCGACUGCAGGACUACAAUUUACUUUACAAUGCCGAGAAGCAGACAUACUUCCAACUGCACAGCCUCAAUCAAGUUCAGGCCGAGGGCGUGACAGCCCAACAGCAGUCUAUCAAUCGCCGCUUACAGCAGGUUGUGGGUAACACUUUGACCGCUGCUUUUGGCCUUAAUGCAUAUAAUGGUCAGCAAGCUGCUGUGGGGAUGACCACACAAACAGUUCGACUCUAUGAUGCUGUCUCCUUGCGACAAUCACGCUUUAAUCCUUUCCAUCCAACACGCAUCAUCAUACAUGGAUGGCUGGGCAAUGGCCAGGCGAACAUCUAUAGCUAUCUGGUGCCAGCGUAUUUGAGUCUGGACAGAGGCAACUAUAAUGUUUUUACGUUGGACUGGGGACGUGGCGCCAUUGCCGAUUAUGUGACUGCCAGCUAUAGGGUGAAGCCAGUGGGUCAGGUGUUGGCCAAGUUUGUGGACUUUCUGCACGAGGAGACGGGCAUGCGGUUUGAAGACUUACAAUUAAUUGGCUUCAGCAUGGGCGCGCAUGUGGCUGGUCUUGCUGGCCAGCACGUGCAGACUGGACGUGUGAGCAUUAUACGCGCCUUGGAUCCGGCCCUACCAUUCUUUCGCUACGCCCAGGAAAAAGAGCGACUCACAAAAGACGAUGCGGACUAUGUGGAGGUGUUGCACACCAGCGUUGGCAGCUAUGGCUUCGAUAGACCCCUCGGCCAUGUGGACUUCUAUGCCAACUGGGGCAGCAAGCAGCCGGGCUGCUUCUGGCACGAGUGCAGCCAUUGGCGUGCCUUUGCUCUCUUGGCGGAAAGCCUGCAAGCUGCCUCCGACAGUUCCGGCAGUGCCGACUUCGAGGCUAAAGGUUGCCAGCCGGCGGAAUGGCAACAGCUAACUCGCCACAAAUACUGUCCACAGCCAACGGGCAAGCAUCUGCAUAUGGGCGGUGAUUUGGCUGGACUAUCAAUGAAGCAGUUGGGACUGCGGGAGGGCGUCUACUAUUUCGAGACCAAUGCAGUGCCGCCAUAUAGCGUUAAGGAAAUUCCAUAGCAUGCGUAAGUCCGUGAUGAGUGUGUGGGAAAAUGCCAGGAAAACGAAAAAAUAAAAAGGCCAACAACAACAGAAAAAGCA